UAAGAAGUAUGUUAUAAAAAUAAAAUAAAAUAAAGUUUGUCACGUAGUUGGUCUGUACAUCUCCGUCCCGUAGUUUCGUCCGUAGCGCAUACGGUGCAGCGCUUCAACCAGCAGAGUCAAUUCGAAUAUACUUUUCUCUCAUUCCAAUACUUCAGUCUUCUCUCAUCUCAUCUUCUCCUAAAUUUCGAGUCAAGAUGUCGUCGUCAAUGUUGUCGCCGACGCAGAGGUACGCCGCCGCAGCCCUGUUCGGGUUGGCCCUGCAUCAAGCCCAGACCCACCAGACCCACCCGCUGGGUUCUUCCUCCGACGAUGACCCUUCCGGCGAGCGAAUCAGCACCGGCAGCAGCAGCGAUUCUGUUUCCGAUGAUCCCCAGCUUUGGGUCCACCAAUCCUCCUCCCUCCUCCGCCCUAUUUUCAGAUUCCUAGAGAUAGAUAGUGCGGCGUGGACUGGGCUAGAGGAAACUGCUGGCUCUUCUCCUGCUAAGCAUCAUAUUGGAGCGUACUUGAGAUUACUCUCAGAGGAAAGUGGUGAUACUUCCUCAGAAAUAACGGAUAAGGAACUUGCCUUGUCGAAAUCUGUUGAUGCCAUGGCACGCAGCAUGGAAACAACUCCUUCUGAUAUUGAGUCUAAGACCGAAAAGCAUCGUGAGUAUGAACAGGAAUGUCGGCAGAAAUUUUCCAAUGAGAUAAAAUCAGAUUCAGAAGUGGAAAAUAUGCAGUUUAAAACUCAACCAGAGUCAGAUCGCAAUACAGUUAGCAUUGAACAGGCAACUAAUCAGUCCGGCAGUCACAUGGAUGAAAAACCCUUAGAGGAGGUAACGAUGCUUAGUCACCAGAGGAAAGUGACAGUUAUGUAUGAACUUCUUUCAGCUUGUCUCGCAGAUAUACCUGAAGAUAAUAAAAAAUCCAAUCAACGAAGAAAGGGCUAUGAUGCUCGACAUCGUGUAGCUUUGCGGCUGCUAACAACCUGGUUCGACAUCAAGUGGGAUCAAAUGGAAGCUAUUGAGACUAUGGUUGCUUUCUCUGCAAUGGCUUUAGCGAAAGAGGAACAGUCGAAGGAAGAAGAAACCCAAUCGCCAAAAAGCACUUGGGCCAAGUGGAAACGUGGAGGUAUAAUAGGAGCUGCUGCAUUAACUGGAGGAACCUUAUUGGCAAUUACUGGAGGCUUAGCUGCUCCAGCUAUUGCUGCAGGUUUAGGUGCUUUAGCGCCUACAUUGGGCACUCUCAUCCCUGUGAUAGGAGCAAGUGGGUUUGCUGCAGCUGCAAGUGCUGCAGGAACCGUCGCUGGUUCUGUUGCGGUGGCUGCAUCAUUUGGAGCUGCUGGAGCUGGACUUACGGGGAGUAAAAUGGCUAGGAGAACUGGAAGUGUUGAUGAAUUUGAGUUCAAAUCUAUUGGGGAAAACCACAACCAAGGUCGACUUGCUGUUGAGAUCUUCGUCUCAGGAUUCGUUUUUGAGGAGGAAGAUUUUGUAAAGCCUUGGGAAGGGCAACACGAUAACUUAGAAAGGUAUGCACUGCAGUGGGAGUCCAAGAAUCUGAUUGCUGUAAGCACUGCAAUUCAGGACUGGCUUACUUCAAGAGUUGCAAUGGAGUUGAUGAGAACAGGUGCCAUGAUGACUGUAUUAAGCGCACUUCUGACAGCAUUGGCUUGGCCAGCAACAUUACUUGCCGCUACUGAUUUUAUUGACAGCAAAUGGUCAAUUGCUGUGGACAGAUCUGAUAAGGCGGGAAUGCUGCUUGCUGAAGCGUUACAGAAAGGAUUGCAAGGGCAAAGGCCUGUGACCCUCGUAGGUUUUUCACUUGGAGCACGAGUGAUUUAUAAGUGUCUUGAGGUUUUGGCUGAAUCUAACCAUAAUGCUGAACUUGUUGAAAGAGUUGUUCUUCUUGGAGCACCCAUUGCAAUUAAAGAUGAGAACUGGGAAGCAGCUAGAAAUGUUGUAGCCGGGAGGUUUGUGAAUGCAUAUUCUACAAAUGAUUGGAUGCUAGGACUUGCUUUCCGUGCUAGCUUACUGACUAAAGGCCUAGCUGGAAUUCAACCCGUUGAUGUUCCUGGUAUUGAGAAUGUUGAUGUAACGGGACUCGUUGAGGGUCACUCUUCUUAUCUGUGGGCUACCCAACAGAUCCUAGAACAGCUCGAACUAGAAGCCUAUUAUCCUGUUUUUAGUAGCAUUCUCAUCAAACCCUAGAAUGGUACUUGGAAAUUGGAAUCUAGUUCAGCUAUACUCUCCCUUGCCUCAAAUCUCUAGUGAGAUUGCUUAUCCAUUUACAAAUUCCUCAGCAACAGAAAUUGAUACGAGAGUGAGAGAACUUUUAGCCUUGUCAUGCGUGUUUAAUGUAAAGAAGCUAUAAUCGAUCAGCUUGAAUCUUCUCAGCCAGAUUUUUCUCGGCCACUUUUGAUCUUCGUUUGAUCAUAAUCCUCCAUUUGAGAUUGGAAGCAUUGAAGGUUAGUUCAUAUUUUUUACCAGCUGGGGAAACUCAUGCAAUGAAAUCAUACAAAUAUAUAUAUAUAUAUAUCAGGAAGGUCAGAAAGCUUUUGAAGGAGUGGUAUCAUGUAUUUCUAUUCCAGAAUUUGUCAUUGUAUUUUCUGUUUUUCGUUUAAAUUAUUGUUUUUAUCAAAAGAUAUAAAAGUUUACUAGGAAGCUCGUGGAUAUUUACUAUGUUUGCACAUAACUAUGAACUGAACUGUCUUCUAAUCAAUUCUUGUUCUGUGGUAGAUGUUUUUCUGAAA